CUUAAUUUAUCUCUCUUUAGCUUUCAUUCUCUUAACUUCACACUUAGGGCUUUCACAUCAAAGGAGAGCGAUGAUGCAGACUCCGUACACUACUUCAACGCAAGGGCAGUACUGUCAUUCUUGUGGGAUGUUCCAUCACCACAGCCAAAGCUGCUGCUACAACAACAACAACUCUAACGCCGGUUCUUACUCGAUGGUCUUCUCCAUGCAAAACGGCGGCGUUUACGAGCAGAACGGCGAGGACUAUCAUCACGCUUCAUCCGUUGUUGACUGCACUCUCUCGCUUGGAACUCCUUCUACGCGUCUUUGUGAGGAGGACGAGAAACGUAGACGCUCUACUUCCUCUGGUGCUUCUUCUUGCAUCUCCAACUUCUGGGACUUGCUUCACACCAAAAACAGCAACUCAAAAACGGCGCCGUUCGGCAACGUUCCUUCUUUUUCCACUAACAAGCCAGCUCGCGGUUGUUCCGGCGGCGGAGGAGCCAGUGGCGGCGGUGAUUCUCUUCUCUCCAGACGCUGUGCCAACUGCGACACCACUUCUACUCCACUAUGGAGGAAUGGUCCUAGAGGCCCCAAGUCCCUAUGCAACGCAUGCGGCAUUCGUUUCAAGAAGGAAGAAAGAAGAACAACGGCGGCUUCGGGAAACACCGUAGUAGGAGUUGCACCGGUUCAACCCGAUCAGUACUCCGGCUACAAUAACUACCACGCUGCCACCGGUAACAACAAUAACAAUGGUACUCCGUGGGCUCAUCAUCACUCGACGCAGAGGGUUCCUUGUAAUUAUCCGGCAAACGAGAUCAGGUUCAUGGAUGACUACAACGGCGGAGUAGGACACAACGGUGAAUCUGACGGUGCUCACGGCGGCGUACCGUUUCUUUCGUGGAGGCUUAACGUGGCUGAUAGGGCAAGUCUUGUCCAUGACUUUACCAGAUGAAAGGAAAAAAAAAAGAAAAAGAAAACGACGUUAGAUUCUUGAUAUUUCCAUGUGGUUUAAUUAUUUAAUUAUGUCUAAUUAAAAAAAAAAUGUUUCAAGAAAAAGAAAAAAACAUUAGAAGUGUAUAUCGAGAGACGAUGUUGAUGUUAUUGAUA